CUUUAGUAGUGGUGACGUGGAUUAUUUUGCUCUUUACACUGGCCGGCGUGGGCUCCUUGCAUGAAGAGAUGGGAAAUUGUCCGGAAAUUAAAAGUAAGCGAGAAAGCCCUGACGAAAAGAAUGAAGGUUUUGAAGGACCAAUGUCGCCUCAAUUUGCAAAAAGCUAUUCAUCAUCACCAAUAAUAGACGUCCGUAGAAGUGGUAAGAGUCAAGAAGUAGGAGGAGGAGAAUGA